AUGGGUAAGCAGGAAGUAAACAAACACAUGUCGAAGAUGGGGCUUUCAGGGCAGGAAAGCUCAGACCAAACUAAAGUAAAAAAGACGGACAUUUUAAAAGAUUUCCAGCUGUUCUUUUUCUCUAUGAGUCGUUUGGCUUCGUUUCCCUGGACAUUUCUAGAAAAAGACCUUCAGAGCAACAAAUCACCAGAAUUCAUUUCAGAUAUCUUGAAGCAGACGUGUCUUCACUCUCUGUGCAGAAAGUUUCCACCAUCAGUCAGAUACAGGAGGCUGUUCCUCUCUGAGCUCAUCAGACGGCAGGAGGCUGCAGGCUGUGAUCCUCUGGACGAGCUGUACGAUGCUCUGGCUGAGGUGGUGGGAACUGAAGACACGACCGAGUGCUACAAGAGCUACUUACUGCCCUGUGGUGAAGCUGUCAGCCUGUUGGAAAACGUUGCUCUGAUCUCAGAGGGAACCACGGGUCUGGUGACCUGGGAGGCCGCACUCUACCUGGCCGAGUGGGCUCUGGAUCACCAGCAGGCCUUCACAGGCAGGACGGUUCUGGAGCUGGGCAGCGGUGUGGGGUUGACCGGUAUCACCAUCUGUCGCUCCUGCAGCCCGAGCAGAUUCGUCUUCAGCGACUGUCACCCGAGCGUCCUGCAGAAGCUGAGAGCCAACGUCCAGCUGAACGGGCUGACUGAGCAGAUGAGUCCCACAGUCAGUGUGGAGGAGCUGGACUGGACGACAGCGACGGAGGAGCAGUUUAAACAGAUCGGGGCUGACACUGUCAUCGCUGCAGAUGUGGUGUAUGACCCCGACAUCGUGGGAAGUCUGGUGAAGCUGCUGUCCCAGAUCCUGAGGUCUUCCUCUUCUGAAGUCCUCCCUGAGGUCCUCAUCUGCUCCACCAUAAGAAACCCGGAGACUUACAGCAGCUUUAAGCAGCAGCUGGGAAAUGCAGGAAUCAGCCAUCAUGUGAUCACAGGACCUGUCGGCCACGUGUUUCCUUACAACAGACUCUCCUCCAUAGAAAUGAUUCAACUGUACAGAUGAAACAAUAAAGAUUUUAUUUACAAACAUA